CCAUGAAGUUUGACAUUUAUAACUAAUAACGAGUUGUAUAAGUGUAGCACUACUAUUUUAGAGGAAAGAUAAAUAAAAAAGAAAAUACAAAUGGGUCGUCGGAUAAACUUCGUGGUGGUGGUGAUGAUAUUAGCAACCAUGACGAUGAGAUCGACAAACGCGGAUUACGGAGCGUACACGCCAUCGACCUCCUACACGCCGUCGACCUCCUAUUCACCAACAGAAAUAUGGCAAUCAGGGCAUGCUACGUUUUAUGGGGAUGAAAGUGGCUCUGAGACCAUGGGAGGAGCGUGUGGGUACGGAAACUUGCAUGAUAGCGGGUACGGAUUCGAAACGGCAGCACUUAGCACGGUGUUGUUCAACAAUGGUAACGCUUGUGGAACGUGUUACGAAAUCAAGUGUGUCGAGUCAAAAUGGUGCUUCACCAAUGCGCCUUCGAUAAAGAUCACAGCCACUAACCUCUGCCCUCCUAACUGGUACCAGGCUAGCGAUGCCGGCGGGUGGUGCAACCCACCUCGCUCCCAUUUCGACUUGUCUAAGCCCAUGUUCAUGAAGAUUGCUGAAUGGACUGCUGGCAUUGUUCCCGUUAGCUAUAGAAAGGUAUCAUGUGGAAGGACAGGAGGAAUUAGAUUUCAAUUCCAAGGGAAUCCAUAUUGGCUCCUAGUGUCCGUGAUAAACGUAGGAGGAGAUGGAGAUAUAUCCCAAAUGUGGGUGAAAGGUACCGAAACUGAUUGGGUUAGCAUGAGCCGUAAUUGGGGAGCUUCUUUCCAAGCAUUCUCCAAAUUAGGAGGCCAACCUCUUUCUUUCAAGCUACAAAAUGCAGCUGGACAAAUUGUUAUAGCUUAUAAUGUUUGCCCUACUUAUUGGUCUAAUGGGCUAACUUAUGAAUCCAAUACCAAUUUUUAUUAACCAACAACUAACCUAACCAGAAAAAUAAUGAUCGAUGAUUUAGGACCGUCACAUUAUUUACGGCUGGUAGUCUUAGAGAAUUGUUCACUUUUGAAAUUGUAGCAAUUUUUAACUAUUGCUUUUUACAUAUGUAGGUAGCAUUCUUUAAUUUCUCUAUAUAAUUGAAGAAAGCCGGCUACUCAUUAUGUCCUUGCGUGUUUUUAUUGAAUCCAAACAUUUUGCUCUUUAUUCAUGAUUCAAAUUAUAAACUAUAUAAUACUUAUAAUUAUCCUCUUAGUAAGCAGUAAUAAAUACUCAAUAGAGAUGGAUUAGGUGUCUAAAAGACGUACUUCUAUUGAAUAAGGUUAGCAAGGCUCGCUCUUGCAUUCAAGCAUUCGACAACUUAAGUGCAUGUACGUACGUCCAAUAAUAGUCAAUGCUUAUUAAAAAAAAAAAAAAAAAAAAAAAAAAAAAAAAAAAAAAAAAAGUCUUACAUGAUUCAUAUGUAUUAACCAAAUGGAGAUCUCAAUUCAAGGUCUAACACAACAUAUCUCACCUACCAAAAAAUACCAAUAAUAUUACUCACGAUCAAGUUAACUUAGUGCUUAGACACUGAUCAAAGAGGUUUUCCAUGAAAUCAGCCCCCAAGGCCCG